UUUGUUACUCUGCAGUGGAAUUAAUUCAAAGCAGCCUUUGUUCAGUAAUCUCGCAACACUGAAACUGUGCCCGUGAUUAUGGAUUCAGUCUAAGUACAACAUGAACUGCAUCAAGGCAACCUCUUGGAUGUCUUUAGGAGUAAGGAGGGAAUUGACAAAAUUGAUUCAGAGCUUCUCGGAUGGAGGUGCAGUGGAUGAGGAGAGUGGAGUUCAUGGAGACUGGGAGGAAGGAGAGAAUGAAGAUAUCGAUGAGAGAGAAGAUGACCUAAGCGACACAGCGGAGGGCAUUGAGGACCAUUGCGGAGAGUCGUAUUAUUAUUUUGUUGCCGACCUCGUUCAGGAGACACAGGGUAGAGGCCUGGUCCAGCGCGUCAAGCCCAAGAUGAAGCGAAAAUCCGAAAAUGGCCUUGACGUGCGGUCAUUGUCACCAGGAAAGAAAUUGUGCAAAGGCUCAGAAUACACCAGUUCCCUGUCGCCCUGCAUAAAUACAACCACCACGUUUGGAGACAUCAGGAAUGGCAACAUCCCAGGUCAGCACCGCCGACGUAUAACAUCAGUCACGCCUCCCACAGAUCUACAGGAAUGGCUUGGCAUGUUCCAGAGGUGGAGUGGCCCCGAGAAGCUGCUGGCUCUGGAUGAACUCAUUGACCGAUGUGAGACGUCGCAGAUCAAGUACAUGAUGCAGGUCAUCGAGCCACAGUUCCAGCGAGACUUCAUCUCCCUGCUGCCUAAAGAGCUGGCACUCUACGUGCUGUCCUUCCUGGAGCCCAGGGACCUGCUGCGAGCAGCGCAGACCUGUCGGUACUGGCGCAUCUUGGCUGAGGACAAUCUGCUGUGGAGAGAGAAGUGCAGAGAAGAAAUGAUCGAGGAGCCACUGUACCUGCGCAGGCGACGGAUGCUCAGCACCGGCUUCAUGUACAGUCCCUGGAAAUCGGCAUUCAUGAGGCAGCAUAAGAUAGACACCAACUGGCGAUCGGGCGAGAUCAAACCUCCCAAGGUGUUGAAAGGUCACGAUGAUCACGUCAUCACCUGUCUACAGUUCUCUGGCAAUCGCAUCCUCAGCGGCUCUGAUGACAACACGCUCAAAGUCUGGUCUGCCAUCACUGGAGAGUGUGUGCAGACGCUGGUGGGACACACAGGGGGCGUUUGGUCGUCACAGAUGAGAGGCAGCAUCGUCAUCAGCGGCUCCACCGACCGCACCCUGAAGGUGUGGAACGCAGAGACGGGCGAGUGUAUCCACACGCUGUACGGGCACGCCUCCACUGUACGCUGCAUGCACCUCCACGGCAACAAGGUGGUGAGUGGAUCGAGGGACGCCACUCUCAGAGUGUGGGACAUUGACACGGGCCGCUGCCUGCACACUCUCCUGGGGCACGUGGCAGCAGUGCGGUGCGUGCAGUACGAUGGCGAGAGGGUGGUGAGCGGGGCCUACGACUACACUGUCAAGGUGUGGGACCCCCUGACUGAGACCUGUGUGCACACACUCCAGGGCCACACAAACAGAGUCUACUCACUUCAGUAUGACGGUGUACACAUCGUGAGCGGUUCGCUGGACACGUCUAUCCGGGUGUGGGACGCUGAGAACGGUAACUGCCUGCACACUCUGAUGGGCCAUCAGUCACUGACCAGCGGCAUGGAGCUGAAGGACAACAUCCUGGUGUCCGGCAAUGCCGACUCCACCGUCAAAAUCUGGGAUAUCAAGACCGGACAAUGUCUGCAGACCCUGCAAGGGCCAAACAAGCACCAGAGUGCUGUCACCUGCCUGCAGUUCAUCCAGAAGUUUGUGGUCACUAGCUCGGACGAUGGGACGGUCAAACUGUGGGACCUUAAAACGGGCGACUUCAUUCGCAACCUGGUGGCCCUGGAGAGUGGUGGCAGCGGUGGGGUGGUGUGGAGGCUGCGUGCAUCAAAGACCAAGCUGAUCUGUGCGGUGGGCAGCCGCAAUGGUACAGAGGAGACCAAGCUGUUGGUGCUGGACUUUGAUGUGGAUAUGAAGUGAGGCCAUGUUAUGCUGCGCACUUCUAGCCCACAGCAUAGGCAGCGAGCAGGCACCAGCCCCACGCUGGCCACUCCCUUUUGCCAAAGAAGACUUGACCACGGGAUGUGCAGACACCCAGUCCAGGAGUGGUGCUGCCCCCCCCCACUGGACAGCAGAGAGCGGGCCGUCUCAAGCCCACUGCACGCCAGCUGGAAGCAAUUGGGAAAUAUUUCAAGCACCUUAGAACUGAGCCCACAGGACAUCCAUCUGUGCCGAUGACGAGAUACUUGCAGACACUUUAGAGACUUGCCAAAAUUGUUCGUAACUCAAACUUGUACAUAAAAUGGUUCUAUUGUAUAUUAUAUAAAAGUGUAUCUAUGUGGUGAAUGAG